AGUUGCGCCAUCGGUCUCCACUCGGCCUCGUCCCACCAUCAUUCCACAGCACCGGACCACGUAACGGAUUUUAAUCCGCCGGUUUUCACUUCACAGCCACCGAAACAAACCGUCGGAUUGAAAUCAUGGGCAAAGACUAUUACAAAACCCUGGGAAUAGUCAAAGGCGCAGCUGAGGAGGACAUUAAAAAAGCGUAUAGAAAGCAGGCUCUGAAAUGGCAUCCGGAUAAAAACAAGGCGCCCAACGCUGCGGAGAAAUUUAAGGAGGUAGCAGAAGCGUACGAGGUCCUCAGUGACCCCAAAAAACGAGAAAUAUACGAUCAAUACGGAGAGGAAGGUCUGAAAGGAGGAGGUGGAGGAGGAGGAGCAUCUGAUGGCCAGGGUGGCACCUUCACGUACACAUUCCAUGGGGACCCACAUGCCACCUUCGCCACCUUCUUUGGCGGUGCCAACCCCUUUGAGAUGUUCUUUGGCCGAAAGGUGAAUGGGAGAGAUGACGAGGACAUGGAGGUGGACACUGGCGACCCUUUCGGCUCCUUUACAAGUUUUAACUUGAACGGGUUUCCUCGAGAUCGGCAGCCACGGCGUAAGCAGGAUCCGGCAAUCCAUCACGAGCUACGUGUCUCACUCGAGGAAGUUUUCCACGGCUGCACCAAGCGCAUGAAGAUCUCACGACGGCGCCUGAACCCCGACGGGCGUACGACACGCACAGAGGACAAGAUUCUGUCCAUCGAGAUCAAGCGCGGAUGGAAGGAGGGCACCAAGAUCACAUUCCCGCGUGAGGGUGACGAGUCUCCCGGCUGCAUCCCCGCCGACAUAGUCUUCGUCAUAAAGGACAAGCCGCACUCGCACUUCAGAAGGGAGGGGUCCGACAUUGUCUACCCUGUGCGCAUCAGCCUGCGACAGUCGUUGUGUGGCUGCUCAGUUACAGUCUCCACAAUAGACGGGAAAACAUGCAAUAUGAAGAUCACUGAGGUCAUCAAACCGGGCAUGAGGAAGACUGUGGCGGGGCAGGGGCUGCCCUUCCCGAAGAACCCCGAUCAGAGAGGGGAUCUUAUAGUGGAGUUUGAUGUGAACUUUCCAGAAAGUCUGCCAACCAGUGCCAAAGAUGUCCUGAAGCGCCAUUUACCUGCUUCAUAAGAAGGACGUGUCAAGACUGCAAUGGCAAUCGGCAGCACUAGAGACUGACGCUGGUCAUUACCUUCUUUCCAGCCCUUGGACAAAUCAGUACUAAGCCCUUAGAAAGAAUGUGCAAUUUAUAUUUUUAUCUAUA